AUUGUUUUAUCUUUCUUCAUCUGCCUGGUUUUGUGUGUAUACCCUGCUAGCAGAUGGGUUUCUGGGGUGUAAAUCUGUGUUUUCUUCCAGUUAUCAUAUAUUAUUCAGCGUAGCCCUCUUUUUGCUGCUCGCAAAGCAGGUAUGGGUUUUGUGUUGACUGUUGAGUGAAUACCUUGGACCUUUUUAAAGAAAAUUGUAACUCAUUUAUGGAUAGUGGGCUCUAUUGAGUUAGAGUGGAAUGGUGAUUGAAGUAGGAGCAUUAGUUUAAGCUUCACCAGAACAGAGUGUCUAGUUCCACAACCAGACUUGAGUAUGAUCUGAAUGUCUAAAAUAUGCAAUCUAGAGGCCAACAACAAUGGUGACAAUUUAAAGUGAUGGAGACAUUUGAAACUUUCUUUGUAAUCAUGCUUACAAUUUACCUACAAGCUUAUUAUUUUACUAUAUGUAUGCAGUUUUCUAUUUCUAAAGUAAUGUAGGCUCUAAAAUGAUCUUAUUCUUGAAUAAUCAUUUCGCAUAAGUCACCAAUCGUAAUUUCUUAAAUAUUUGGUAGUUACUGUGCCGGAUGAAUCUACCAAAAAUGGUUUUGGUACUUAAACUUAGAAAAUUAUGUGGCAUAAAAUCUUAAACUCAUUCUGGAAUGAGUGCGAGCAGGUUAAUAUUUCCCUAUGGCCACGGUUUAAGAUGGUGUUUGACAUGCACGUGAACAGCCUACGAAAUGCUAAUAUCCGGAGUUUAUGGGAAGAUGAUGUGCAUCCACAUUAUGUUAUGAGACGCUAUGCGGAAUUUACGGCUUCACUAAUUCAACUUAAUGUGGAUUAUGGAGAUGGUCAGCUACAACUCAACUUGGAAAGACUGCGAAUGUCAGUGGACGAUUUGCUUGUCAAGCUUGCCAAAUUGUUCCAGAAACCAAAGUCUCAGACUGUUUUUGAUAAAUAACUACGACAUGACAAUUGCUGUACUGAAGGAAGCUGGUCCUGAUGGUGGAAAAAUUCAAAUGCACUUUGAAGAGUUUCUGAAGAGCAAUACGGCCAUUUAUGUGGAGGAACUACUUGCAGAACACUUCCAUGACCUAAUCAAGUUUGUAAAGACAAGAGCUUCUGAGGACCCAUGUUCUGGGUCAGAGCGGCCAAUAACUGUGAGUGAAGUUGAAAGUAUCGUGAAGGACUUCGGCAGCAGAUGGAAAGCUGCAAUAGAGUUGAUGCAUAAUGAUGUCAGUACUUCCUUUAGCAACUUUUUGUGCGGUAUGGAAAUUCUGAGAGCUGCUUUGACUCAAUUGCUGCUUUACUACACCAGGCUUUCAGAUUGCAUGAAGAAAAUUGCUGGUGGGUCUGCGUUGAACAAGGAUUUGGUUUCCAUAUCUUCAAUAAUGUAUGAAAUUAGGAAAUACUCGAGAACAUUUUAAUGUUUCACUUCCUUUAUCUUGAGAUGCUCGUUUCUGAUAACUUGUAAGCUGCUGUUUGUGCUACAAUCAAAUUGAUUCAGAAAGUAGAUAUUUUAUUUUAUGGCAUGUCCUGUAUAGUUGUAUAGAGAGCAAAUGAAUGAGUACUUUUCAUUUUCUUAUA